AUGGAGUCGAUGUCCCGGAUAUCCAGCUUGCUGGAGAGUGCAAGAGAACUCACUCUCGAUGCAGCCCAGGGAGCCAGGAGCUCACGCUCCUCCGCGGUCAAGACGCUGCCAACGGCACAGAUCAAGAAGCUUCUCGAUAGCAGGAAUGAGCGCGAGGUGCUGGAGGGACUCAGAAAGGUCAUUUCCAUGAUGUACCGAGCCAUGCCCACACUCCCUUUCUUCUCCUCCGUCGUCAAGAACGUAGCCUCCCCGAACAUCGAGAUAAAAAAGCUCGUCUACAUCUACCUCCUCGCGCACGCCGAAUCCGAGCCCGACCUGGCCCUGCUCUCCAUAAACACGAUCCAGAAGUCCCUCUCCGACCAGUCCCCCACCAUCCGUGCCCUCGCCCUGAAAACCAUGUCCGGCAUACGCGUUCCUGUGAUCUCGCAAAUCGUAUCCCUAGCGAUCAAGAAAGGACUAGGCGAUAUGAGUCCGCAUGUGCGUAAGGCAGCUGCGCUAGCAGUGCCGAAGUGCUAUAGUUUGGAUCCGGGGACUAGAGGACAGCUGGUUGGGUAUUUGAGUGUUUUGUUGGGAGAUAAGCAGUAUUUUGUAGCUGGGGCUGCGGUGAUGGCGUUCCUGGAAGUUUGUCCAGAGAGAUUAGACUUGGUGCAUCCGCAUUACAGAGGGCUGGUAAAGAAGGUGGUGGAUAUGGAUGAGUGGAGUCAGUUGGCGACGUUGAGGCUUAUGACGGUGUAUGCACGGAAAUGUUUCCCGAGAAGGAUGAAAAGGGUCACGAAGAAGAUUAAUGGGAGUAGAGAGACGAAGGGGUUUUAUGAUGAUGACGAAGAGGAAGAAGAGCAGGAGGAGGAGACGGGUGAGGUGGUGCAAGUUUUGGAUCCGGAUCUCGAGUUUCUGCUGAAGAGUAUCAAGCCGCUUCUGCAGAGUCGAAAUUCAGCGGUUGUGGUAGCUGUUGCGAGGGCAUACGUUAAUCUCGGCACGCAAGAGUACAUCGAACUUUCGAUCGGACCUCUAGUAGCGUUACUACGGGGACCUCAGGAUAUUCAGCACAUGGCACUCUUCAACAUCGUCUCAGUUUGUCUCACGCGGCCGGAAGCUUUCGUCAAAUACGCAUGCCGUUUCCUAGUCCACACUACGGAUCCACCACAAGUCUGGGAGCUGAAGUUGGAACUCCUUACGCUGAUAUUCCCGCACUGCGACGCUUACCUGAAGAGUCUCGUUCUGAAUGAGCUGGAGCAGUUUUCGCAAACCUCGGAUAAAGAGCUUGUCCGGGGAGCAGUAAGAGCUAUUGGGCGCUGUGCUCAGAGCGAUGCUCGAACUUCUGCUCGAUGCCUGCGCCUUCUCCUAAAACAAAUCACCAGUCUGGAUGGAAACUUGGUAGCCGAAUCUUUGACUGUCAUCAGACAUUUGAUCCAGCAAGAUCCCGCUUCGCAUACUAAUACCGUUAUCCGAUUAGCCAAGAACCUCGACACAGCAACGAAUGCUCGAGCGCGAGCAUCGAUUAUCUGGCUCGUUGGCGAAUUUGCUGGUAAUGACGGCGAGGAUAACAUCGCCGCUGAUGUGCUCCGAAUCCUGGCCAAAGGCUUCGCAGAUGAAGCCGAACCAGCGAAGCUUCAAAUAGUCCUCCUAGCAGCAAAAGUCUACCUUCACCACCUCAACCGUACAUCACCAGAACCACACCAACCUACCGUCACAACGCCAAUAGUAUCACCCAACUACUCGACAGGAGACAACGAGGGCUUCGCGGAACUCGACGGGCCAUCACAAACCUCUUUCUCGCCACCGCCUCCUGAGCCAGAGCACCCAAUAGUGCUGCUCUGGAAUUACAUUCUCCUCCUCGCUCGAUAUGAUACUUCCUACGACCUCCGAGACCGCACCCGCCUGUACAAAUCCCUGCUAAUGGUCCCCUCAUCGACCCAACUCGCAAGCCUCAUGCUGCUCGCUCCCAAACCCGUCCCCCACUCUCCCAGCCCAUCAGAAAGCCGAACAGGCUUUACGCUCGGCUCAGCAAGUCUCGUUGUCGGUGACGCAGGCGGCCUUCACGGUCUGCGCGGCUACGAAGCCCUGCCAGACUGGGUGAAAGCCGGCUUCGAGCCAGACCCCUUACUGCGGGAAACCGAUGCGUCGAAAGUCGAGUAUGAGUCGAACCGUGUGGUACCUGCUGGCGAGCGUCUGGAUUCUGCGGUGAAGGAGUCGAGGAUGGGGACGUCGCCGGCGGGGAUGAAUGGGUCUGGGGGUGUUUCGUCUUCUGCUCCGGGCAAAGAGAAGACGUUGGAUGAUUGGUUGGCGGAGGACGACAUCGAGGAGGAGGAAAGCGAGGAGGAGGAGGAGGAGGAGGAGGAGGGGGAGGAAAGCGAGGAAGAGAGCGAGGAUGAAUCGAAUGAGGAGGUCGAUGAUGACGAAAGCAGUGAGGAGGAUAAGAACGAACAUGAUAGACUCGUCGAGUAG